CAACUUACUAAGACUUAAAAAAAAGAGGUUUGUAUUCUUCUCACAAACACUGUAAUAUAACCCCAUUUCUUUUUGCUUUUUUUCUUGCACGCAACAUCUUUAUGUUCAGACAUGGAUUUAAAUAAUCAAAGUUUUGGUCUGUGUCUCUUUCAUUUGGCAACAUUUCCAAAAUAUCCUAACUUUUGCUCAACACUCUGCAGUGAAUCCACACUGUAACAACAGUGCCACCAAAUCCUUGAAGCCCUCUUAAAAGUCCUGACAAGAGUGGAAUAUCUUCAAGCUUUCUUCUUUUGGUUAAGUGACCCAUGAUUUCUUGAUCAUUUAUCAAGAAGUUUCCAAGUUUUGAGCAAGACGGUGCUUGAUUAUUUGUUAAAAAAAUGAGUGUUUCUUUGACUAUUAUGACUUUUAAUCUCCAUGAAGAUCAGCCUGAAGAUAGUCCUAAUUCUUGGCUCAAGAGAAGGGAUUUGUGUGUUAGUGUCGUCACUAGUUACUCUCCUUUGAUUAUAUGCACUCAACAAGGUGUUAAAUCACAGUUUGAUUAUCUUCAGCAAUGUUUACCAGGUUAUGAUCAAUUUGGAAUAUCAAGAAAAGGACCUGAAGAUACUUCAGAUGAGCACUGCACCAUCUUCUAUGACAAAGAGAAGGUAGAAAUGCUAGAAGGUGGAACCUUUUGGCUGUCCGAAUCACCUUCUGUCCCUGGAAGCAAAGCGUGGGGUUCGGAAGUUCCAUGUAUUGCAACUUGGGCAACAUUCCAAUUGAAAGGAGUUGAACCACCCGGGUUUUCAUUUCAAGUAGUGAAUACAAACAUGGAUGAGUUUAGUCCUCGUGCCCGUAGACGAAGUGCUUUACUGACGUGGCAGCACAUUGCCUCUCUACCUCCUAGCUUACCUGUUAUAUACUGUGGAGGAUUCAACACACAAAAAGAAUCAACUACAGGACGUUUUCUUCUUGGGAGAUCAAGAGAACAUGGUGUAGUUGGAGACAUGCGGGAUGCAUGGCCUAGUGCCCGAGUUCGAAAAAAUGUUUCCCUUAUACGAACCUACCAUGGAUUCAAAGGUGACAAGCAAGGGGCUCUUGAAUACCUCAAAUUGGUUUUCCGAGCACUCUGCCUCUGCUGGGACCGCCAAACUCAAGAUCUUCACAUUGAUUGGAUACUUUUCAGAGGUAGAUCUUUGAUUCCUGUUUUAUGUGAAGUGGUGAGUGAUAACAUUGAUGGAUAUUAUCCGUCCUCUCACUAUCCCAUAUUUGCCGAAUUUAUGCUUCCUCGUACUGUGAGGAUGAUUGAACCGCCACCUAGUACAACUCAAGAGGAAACUUAAAAAAUUCCCACAUUUCAAGUUUGACAAACUCCAUUUUGCACAGUUGAAAACAAAGCAAAAUUGCUCUUUUUUACCUUGUUGAUACACAAAUCAUGGCACCAGAGGAACAGAGAAUUGUAAACCAGUGAUAUGCCAUAGAUUGUGAAGUAUGUUUUAGCUUCAAUGUACCUAAAUUGUGCAAUCUAGCUACUCGGAAAGGGUUAUCUAGGAUAGGGGGAUUUAUCAUUUACUUUGAAGUUUUCUUGCUAGUGUUUCAAGAAUUGUUUCUGGGAAUGCCUUCAAUUUUUUUCUUUUCUCCCAUGAUAUUAGUAACUUAAAUACUAUACAUUUUGAGAUUUAUGAAUAAUAGCUGUCUUUUUCCUUACCCAAA